ACUAUUAUAAAUUCUUCCAACUAUUCUCACAGAUUCCAGUUUCAAUUCUCUUGGUGGGUUUUCAUAGAUUUUUGAUUGAAUUUUCUCAAAUUGAAGGAAUGAUGCAGCAGAGAAUGAACAGUACAAGUACAGUUGGGGGUGUAUGCACUACUGGGAUUGCGAGAAGGGUAAUCAAAAAGGAGGAUCGAAGGAGGAACCUUGUACACAGGGCUGGUAUCGAGAAGAAGGGACGAAGUAAGAUAAGGCAAAAGCAAUCUUUACACCUGGAUGUGGUUCAUGAGGGACGGCUUCAGGAGCUGUUUCAUUCAUGCCUUGAUGUGUUCAAAGGCCCUGGGACGGUUCCUUCCCAAUCUGAUGUGAGGACAUUGUGCCGAAUUCUUGAUAACAUGACUCUGGAAGAUGUUGGUCUGAGCAGACAAAUGAGUUUUUUCAACACACAAAAUGCUGCGGAAGAGACUCCAAGGGUCACAACUACAACCAUAUACAAAUCUGAUAACUUCUCGCUAUCUCUCUUCUUUCUUCCUGCAACCGCUGUAAUUCCUCUUCACAACCAUCCGGGAAUGACUGUUUUUAGCAAGCUUUUGCGGGGAUCAAUGCACAUCAAAUCGUAUGAUUGGGUUGAUUCUGUGGAUAAGAGUGUUCAAACUUCUAAAUUGAGACCUGUAAUUUUAAAAGUUGACAGUGUCUUCACUGCUUCUUGCGAGACUUCUGUUUUAUUUCCGACAACUGGAGGCAAUAUACAUUCCUUCACAGCGAUUACUCCAUGUGUAGUCCUUGACGUGCUUGGACCUCCUUAUUCUAAAGAAGAUGGUCGAGACUGCAGCCACUACAAGGAAUAUCCAUAUAACGCAAUAUCGAAUGGAGAAAAGGCAGUCGAGGAAGGGGAAGAAGACAAGUAUGGUUGGCUUGAAGAGAUAGAGGAACCAGAGAGCGCAGCUAUGUAUUUCAUUGAGUACUCUGGUCCAAAGGUUGCUGAAUAAUCUGUGGCUCUAGAUAUCGUCCGAAGCCCCCUUUUCCCUCCCCUUCAAUGUCCAUCCUUUCCUAUAGCUCUCUAAUUUUAGAAAAUUCAGUUGCAUUUUUCCAUGUCCAUAGUUUCUAUUAGAAUAUGAUAAUACUUGAUGGUUUGCUUGUAUA